AUCGCCGCCUAUCACCUUCUGUUUGCUAAGUAGCUAUCUGUAGGGGAAAGUGGGUGUAAUGGAUAGAUGCGGACACCAACAUUAGCAAAAUAACGCGCCUGGCAAAGUAUAACCCACCUUUAAAUCACAACCAUGUUCGGCCGGUCACGGAGCUGGGUUGGAGGACAGGGGAAAACAAAAAAUAUCCAUUCCUUGGAUCAUUUAAAGUAUUUGUACCAUGUCCUGACGAAAAACACCACAGUAACGGACCACAACAGAAAUCUGCUGGUGGAGACCAUUCGCUCCAUCACAGAGAAUCUCAUCUGGGGAGACCAGAAUGACAGCUCUGUGUUUGACUUCUUCCUGGAGAAGAACAUGUUUGCCUUCUUCCUGAACAUCCUGCGUCAGAAGUCAGGACGUUAUGUUUGUGUCCAGCUCCUUCAGACCCUGAAUAUACUAUUUGAGAACAUCAGUCAUGAGACUUCAUUAUAUUACCUCUUGUCCAACAACCAUGUGAACUCCAUCAUCGUCCACAAGUUUGACUUUUCAGAUGAGGAGAUCAUGGCCUAUUAUAUCUCUUUCCUCAAGACGCUGUCACUCAAACUUAAUAACCACACCGUGCAUUUCUUCUACAAUGAGCACACUAAUGACUUUGCCCUGUACACCGAGGCCAUUAAGUUUUUCAACCACCCUGAAAGCAUGGUCCGCAUCGCAGUCCGCACCAUCACACUCAACGUUUACAAAGUUUCAUUGGACAACCAGCAUAUGCUGCACUACAUCCGAGAUAAGACUGCAGUUCCAUAUUUCAGCAACCUGGUCUGGUUUAUUGGCAGUCAUGUCAUUGAACUGGACAAGUGUGUCCAGACAGAUGAAGAGCAUAAGAACAGGGGAAAGUUAAGUGACCUGGUAGCGGAGCACCUCGACCACCUCCACUACCUCAACGACAUCCUCAUCAUCAACUGCGAAUUCCUCAAUGACGUUCUGACCGAUCACCUACUCAACCGCCUGUUCCUGCCUCUCUACGUCUACUCUUUGGUUAGCCCCGAAACGUCUGAAGACCGAAAAAUCAACCCUCAGGUGUCUCUAUACCUGCUGUCGCAAGUGUUUCUGAUCAUCCACUAUCAACCACUGGUCAACGCCCUCGCUGAUGUUAUUCUCAAUGGAGACCUGUCUGUCUUCACGCCACAGACAGACAUGCAUAGCGCACACAAGAACACGGCCAGUGUAGGAGGCGUGCGUCGCUUCACCAAACCCCCCGAGUCUCUGGAGCGCUCGCUGGAGAUGUCCCGCCACCGUGGUCGCAAAAGAACCCAGAAGAGACCGAACUACAAAAACCUGGGCGAAGACGAGGACGACGAAAGAGCCGGGGGAGGGGGAGGAGGAGGCGGCGGCGGAGGAGGAGGGGAGGAGUGCUGGGACGACGACGGUGGCAGAGGAGAGAGGGAGAAGGGAAAAGGUACAGAGGGAGGAGGAGGAGGUGGGAGUUCUAAGGGAAGCAGAGCGAGUGGGGAGACGGCGGAAGAAAUAGAGAUGGUGGUGAUGGAGAAAUGCAAAGUGUCUGAGCUGACGGAACAGAACAUCACAGACGAGGAGAAAACUGCUGCCGCCACGCGCACACACGCACAGAGGAGCAGACCAUUCUUAGACAUGGUAUACAGUGCCCUCGACUGCACCAGUGAUGACUACCACGCACUGUUUGUCCUCUGCCUGCUGUAUGCCGUCUCACACAGCAAAGGUAUUAACCGGGAUCUGCUGGAGCGGCUGCAGCUCCCAGUUCCCGAUCAGGAGAGGAGCUCCUACAGUUUGGUGCUGGUAGAGAGGCUGAUCAGAGUCAUGAGUCAAGCAGCACAACCAGAUGGUAAAGUGCGUCUUGCAACCCUGGAGCUGAGCUGCCUUUUAUUAAAGCAGUCUGUGUUGUCUGGAAGCCACUGUAUAAUUAAAGACGUUCAUCUGGCCUGCCUGGAGGGCGCAAGAGAAGAAAGUCUGCAUUUAUUGCGGAGAUUCUACAAGGGGGAGGAGAUCUUUCUCGACAUGUUUGAAGAUGAAUACAGGAGCAUGACGAGUAAACCGCUGAAUGUGGAGUACCUAAUGAUGGACGCCUCCAUCCUACUGCCACCGACCGGAACCCCUCUGACUGGUAUCGACUUCGUCAAGAGACUGCCCUGUGGAGACGUGGAGAAGACACGGAGGGCAAUCCGCGUGUUUUUCAUGUUGCGGUCGUUAUCGCUCCAACUUCAGGGAGAACCUGAGACACAGCUGCCUCUGACCAGACCCGAAGACCUUAUAAAGACAGAUGACGUCCUAGACCUCAAUAACAGUGACCUCAUAGCCUGCAUGGUGGUGAGUAAAGAUGGCGGCCAGGCCCAGAGGUUCCUCGCUGUGGACGUCUACCAGAUGAGUCUGGUGGAGCCGGAAACCAAACGUCUCGGGUGGGGCGUGGUUAAGUUUGCCGGACUCCUCCAAGACAUGCAGGUAUCUGGCGUGGAGGACGACAGCAGAGCGUUAAACAUCGUCAUCCAUAAGCCCAGUUCCAACCCCCAUGCCAAGCCCCUUCCCAUCCUGCAGGCCAACUUCAUCUUCGCAGAUCACAUCCGCUGCAUCAUCGCCAAACAGAGGCUGGCCAAAGGUCGCAUCCAGGCCCGACGCAUGAAGAUGCAAAGAAUCGCAGCUCUGCUGGACUUACCUGUGCAGCCCAGUGCAACAGAAGUGUUGGGUUUCGGUCAAACCGCCAGCGCUUCACCGGGCGGCCUACCUUUCCGCUUCUAUGAACAGUCAAGACGGGCGCCCAACGACCCGACGGCGAACAGAUCAGUGUUUGCGUCGGUGGAUAAAGUACCAGGGUUUGCAGUUGCACAUUGUGUGUCGCAGCACAGCCCCUCCCCCCUCUCCUCCCCAUCGCCUCCCUCCAGUGGGAGUGGGAGCACAGGACGGUGUGACUCGGUUACUGCGAGCACUAUAUCAGCUCAAAGCCCCACAGAUGAUGGUUUGUUACUGGAGCACACCCCACCGUCCUCUUCUGGAGGAGAAGGGGAAUCAGGAAGUAUGGAGGUAACAUCAGUCUCCUCUUCUCCCGCCGGGUCAGUUCAUCCUCCGGCCCUGGCCCCCAGCCUCACCCCGGCCUCCCAGCCCACCAUCUCCCUCCUCACGGACAACAGCGCCGACACCCUCAGCGUGGAGUCGCUCACGCUGCUGCCCCCCGCCGACCCACCCCACCUGCAUCCCUGCGCCAGCCACGUCCCCACCACAGCGCAGUCCCACCAGAGACGAGACAGCGCCAUCGCAGAGGAGGAGGAGGAGGACGGCGAGACAGAAGGGGUUAAGAAAGGAGAAGAAGAGGAUGAGGACGGGUCUCCGACGGAUGAGACGGAAACGGACGCGACGGUUAAAGAGGAAACCACGACGACGGAGAUGGUCACACCUACUGACGAAGCACCGGAGGAACAAGACGGAGGAGAGGCGCCAGAGGGGGAGGUCUUAGAUAAAGACACACCCCUAGGAGCAGGUAGGGACACGCCCCCUGCUGCAGAAACACAGGAGUUGACGGAGUCUACAGAGAUGCGCACUGGAACACCGGACUCAGCCGAACUGGAUUAAACGGCGCACACCAUUACUGAUUUCAUGCACUUAAACUGUUCUGUCUCACACACACACACACACAGAUGAAAGCAGUGUGUGAUAGAGCUUGGCUGCAGUAUAUUUUCAUGUCGCGAUCUGUAGAUAGUGCGUGCGUGUGUGUGUGAUGUGAAUGAGUCCAAGAGGCUUUUGGAGGCAUCUCAACAUUUGUGUUUGCACAUGAAGAAAGACUCUUUUUACUCACAGAAGAUGGGAUGGAAACCGGUCAAACUCGGGGCUCGAAGCACAUUUGGGUUUUUCUGCACUCAAGUGUGUCCUGUCGUGUGUAUGCGAGUGUUUUUCUUUUGUUUUGUUUUUUAAGCACGCGUUCGUCAAAGGCGCGCAACCAGCAAUGUUUUUUACUCAUUCUGACUGAUUGUUUCAGCUUAAAGACACAGUCAUGCACCACUGCACCGCUGUUCAUCUUCUUAUAAGGUUUUAGGAGACCGGUUCUGUUUUUGCGUCUUACGUUCACACAACUCACUACGAAUAUUUUGUGUUUUUUAGUCUGUACGAUGCUAAACACACACACAAAGUCAGCAGCGCUACACUUUAGCCAAUGCAUGCUAGACCCGUUAGUGGGUAACUCCACCAAUAACUGCCAUGUGGUUGC